CUUUAAAAAUAAUUAUUAGAAUUAAUUUUCUUAAACAAUAUGCCUUUUAAAAUUUAAGAUUAUAUCAUAUUUUAUAGGAGUCAAAACAGCGCCCAUACAAAGUAUGGAGCUGUGACAGACAAAAAAGGAAGGCUGUCAUGGCAUCAACACUUAAAGAACUGAGGGAAAGAGGGGGAGAAAAACUUGGUUACAGUGUAUGGACAGAAUUAAGGAUAGUUUUAGAAAACGAUGGUACAGAAGUAGAAGACGAAAAUUAUUUUCAAACUAUGGACAGGGAUACUAUAUUUUUACUACUCUGUCCUGGUGAAAGAUGGUUACCUCCAGGAGUAGAAGCUUUAAGAGCAGCAAUCACAGCCAUUCCACGCAUUGUCUGUGAUGCCAUUAAUAGUAUGGAAUUGAUUGAUAAACAACCCUCCUGGAAAAUAAUGGAUAAUAAAGGCAGAGUCACGGUAGUAUUACACUGGGACCAGCGAGACAUCCGCAGGCCAUCUGAAGGGAGAGGACGUCCAGGAGGUAGACCAGAAGCUGUAUGGAGGGUUGAAGUUGUUUCCCAAGAAGUACAGACUACUGCUGACCAAACCACUGCCAGUCUAACCAGCACAUCUGUCCCUAGAACACCUCGUGCCAAACUGACCUUGGAAGGUUUAGGACCCAGGCCUCCUUCUCGUAUGCUGCCAAAAGCUGUAGAAGAAGCUAGGGAAGAAGAGGAAAAAGAAGUAAGUCCUGAACAUGAUCAUUCCCUCUGUGACUUCCAUUGCUCCGCACUACAUGAAAAGGGUGCUCAAAUCCAGGUAAAUAAGUCCGUUGCUACCUCGCCCAUUCAGGAAGUUCCAGAAGGGGGAGCUGCUGCACCUGCCACUGCCGUUGCUGCUGGACCCAGCGGUAUCAGCACUCAGAAGAAGGGAUCGGCCAAAGGGCAUGUCCGCUUCAUGGAUGUUACCCAAGAGUCCAAGAUACCUCCAGCUCAAGACGAGAGUGAAUCCGACACAGAGAACACCGCUAAUGAAGAAGAACAGCUUUCCGAGAGGUACCUGCUACUUGUUGAUCAGCUCUCGUUAGAACAAAAUCGCCAUUUAAGCAUCAAGGACAUUGGUGUCAUCCUAGAGCGUCUCAAUUCAAAGAUUGUGGAUGUUGAUCGUCUAGAACGUGAAAGAGAGAGUACCGACGUACACAAUUGGACAAUCAAGGCUACGAUCCGUGGUGAAGUUUUGCGAGAAAUUGGUGUAAUUUACAAUGGACAGUAUUAUGGAAUAAUGGAACAUCCAGGGUAUUUUUGAUGUGUGGUCUUUGAAAGUAGAUCAAAAUUCUAUUGUUUGCAUUGGCUAUUGCAUUUGUCCCUGAUAUUCCCUAAAUGCAGGGAAGUUGAAAUUUGCAAAAUAUAAAGAGAAUAGUAAUUGGGGAUUUAUUUAUUUCACUUUUAUUUUGAAGAAUACCACGUGAAAUCAAAACCGUACCUGAGAAUGGAGAUUUGUGAAUUACUGCUCAAAUUUCAAACUGUUACUAUCAUGAAUAAUUUGUAAUAAUUUCUUUUUAUACCAAAGGUAGGAAAAUGCCUUUCGUUUUGAUUCUAGAAUUGGAUUAUUACUACGCAGUUUACAAAAUGUAUUCCUAGAUAUCAUAAAACAUGAGAUCUUCUUUUUCUAAUCAUCCCCAGUUUCUCGGUGACAGAAUUAACAUUUGUAGCUUUUCAGUGACAGAUGUGUUGGAUUAACCACACAUGGGUUAGAGAUAGGUGUCAGGGACUUUUAUUGCCCAUUGAGCCAUGCUCCUGUAUCAUAACUUCAAACACUGCCAUGACAAACAGUCUUUUGGUGCAGUAUGUUUAUCCUCUUUAUUCUGAGGCAAAAUAUGCCAGAAAAGUGAUUAUAGCUUUGCUGAGAAGUUUUUAAAAA